AUGACUUGCGUCAUAGCAAGGACGUAUGCUAUCAAAGGAAAUAAAAGUGGUGGCGGUGGGAACGGCCCUUCCGCAUCAGCACGGGUCUACGACGAGAUGGAGGCAGAGAAGCGUGUGCGUAAGCGUCGAAUGAGGCUCCUUCUAGCCGUGGAGGAUGCCUUCGCUCAUGCCGCUCGCAUGGGCAGGGAGACGACAGCCAUUGAUGCAUCUGGAGCACUCAAUCGCAGCUCGGUUGUCGGAACCGGUGGUGGACCCAGUGGUUUCACAGCCUUCCAAAACGGUUUGUUGUUCCUGUCCGAUGGGCAUGAAUUAGAAAUUUCAUUGACUUUGUGUUUUUCUUUGGCACGACUCCUGUCAAAUACAUUGUAUUUCCAACUAAUCCAGUUCGAGGUGCGUAACUACACUCUGUUGUGA